ACACGUUCAGCUUCCGGUCAAACAUUUCAUCAACAGAAAGUACCAGCUGUAGACUUAUUUUACUGUUUUAUGACACAACAUUUGCACGGAAAGCAGUCUAAAGUUUACAGUAUGGCCAGUGCAGAUGAGCUGAAGGCUCGUAUAGCGGAACUUGAACAUGAACUAGCACAGGUGAAAGGAAAAGUUGGUGCUAGAGGUAAAAUACAGCAAAUGAGUUCCGAAGUCGUUGACUCCAAUCCCUACAGUCGAUUGAUGGCAUUGAAGAGAAUGGGAAUAGUGGACAAUUAUGAGCGCAUAAGAGAGUUCACUGUAGCUGUAGUUGGUAUUGGUGGAGUAGGGAGUGUCACGGCUGAGAUGUUGACAAGAUGUGGAAUAGGAAAGUUGCUGCUGUUUGAUUAUGACAAAGUUGAGCUGGCCAACAUGAACAGACUGUUUUUCCAGCCUCACCAGGCAGGAAUGAGCAAAGUGGAAGCUGCAGAGAAAACUCUGAGGGACAUAAAUCCAGAUGUAGAAUUUGAAACUUAUAAUUAUAACAUCACAACAGUUGAAAAUUUCCAACAUUUCAUGGACAGAGUCAAGUAUGGUGGGCUGAAGGACCAAAUGCCAGUGGACUUGGUUCUUAGCUGUGUGGACAAUUUUGAAGCUAGGAUGACUAUCAAUACGGCUUGUAAUGAACUUGGCCAGCACUGGUUUGAGUCAGGAGUAAGUGAGAAUGCAGUGUCAGGGCACAUACAGUUUAUACAGCCAGGAGCCACUGCCUGCUUUGCAUGUGCCCCACCCCUUAUAGUUGCUACAAACCAAGACGAGAAAACAUUAAAGCGUGAGGGUGUGUGUGCUGCAAGCCUGCCUACAACAAUGGGCAUUGUAGCUGGAUUCCUUGUUCAAAACACUCUAAAAUAUCUCCUGGGUUUUGGCAAUGUAACUCAUUACCUUGGCUAUAAUGCCCUCCAAGACUUCUUUCCAUCCAUGUCCAUGAUGCCAAACCCUAACUGUGAUGACAACCACUGCAGGAAGCAACAAGUAGAAUACCAGAAACGCGAAGCUGCAAAGCCGAAACCUGAAGUGAAAGAGCAAGAGGAGGAGAAAAUAGUGCAUCAAGAAAAUGAUUGGGGAAUAGAGCUGGUGUCAGAGACAACAGAGGAGGAAUUGAAUGCUGCUGAGGGAGAAAAGCCAAGCUUGGUAUCAGGAGUCACAGUGGCAUACACAAAGCCAGUCAAAGAAACAAAGGAUGAUUCUGCUUCAGUUGAAACAUCAGAGCAGAGUCUAGAAGAUCUCAUGGCCCAGAUGAAGAGUCUCUGACAGAAGAACAAAGAUUAAGUGUUGGAGGUCACAUACAUUCAUUCCAAUGUAUAUCAGUUCAGCCCAUGUGACAGGUUCCAUGUUAAAUAACUGAAUGGAUGGCUAAGCUACUAUUAAACCAAAUGCCAUACAACUUGUGCCCCAAAAAACAAAGACAAUGCAUGUCAGGCCUUGAUGUAGCAAAAGAAAAAAAAAAGGUGCUUUUCCUUAUUUUCAAAAUAUAAUCUAUCCUAUACCUGGAAAAUUAGAAUCUUUGAAUAC